CUUGUGCCGACGCGACGCGCGUCCCCAUUCACUUCCCCACUACUGUGGUUUGACUUUUCACACAAAAAUGAAUAACAAGCUUCGGAUAUUCGCAGGAGAAAUUUCUCGGCAUCAUCUACAUCUGUCAGCUCGUAAAGUUCAAUCUGCAAAUUCAUUGAUUUUCGCGUUUCACGGUUGUCUGAAGCCUGAUUUCUGAAAAUACACAGUAGUAAUCCAAGAGCUUGCAAAAGUAGCUGUUUCAGCAUCCUAACGCACACAUAUUUUUUCACACCUCUUCACGCCCUUUAAAAAUGGUUCUUAAAAUCCACGGCCAUCCGAUUUCUACCUGUACAGCUCGCGUUGCGGUGGUCUGCCACGAGAAACAGAUCCCAUACGAGUUCGUUCUUGUGGAUUUCGGGAAGGGUGACCAUAAAGCACCUGCGUUUACAGAACAUCAGCCUUUUGGACAGGUUCCUUAUAUUGACGAUGACGGCUUCAUCCUCUACGAAUCCCGUGCCAUUGCUCGGUAUUUAGCAGCCAAAUACCCUCAAAAGGGCCUCAAGCUUAUUCCCGAUCCGAACGACGUGAAGGCAGUUGGAUUGUAUGACCAAGCCGUGUCAGUCGAGACUGCCAAUUUCAGUACAAUCGCUGGGAGAGCCGUUUUUGAGAAUAUGUUUAAACAAAUGGUCACCGGACAACAACCCGAUCCAGUUGUCUUUAACGGGUUGAUUAAGCAGCUCGAGGAGAAGUUGAAGGUUUAUGAGGUGAUUCUUGGGAAACAGAAGUAUCUUGCAGGAGACGAACUCACGCUCGCCGACCUAUUUCACCUUCCCUAUGGCCACAGACUUGCAGCGUUUGGGAGCGAUGUCAUGUCCAGGCAGGGACCGAACGUAACGCGAUGGUGGAAUGACCUUUCUUCGAGAGAGUCUUGGAAGUUUGCUGAAAAGGGGGUUCCGUCAGGACUUGCCUGAAAUAUGAUGGGUGUCGUUGGACUGCACCGGUCGCCGUAUUCGGAACAUUUAGAGCAAUAUUGGGGAACCGAGAUACUUAUCGCAUAACAAGCCAAUUUAAAGCCUUGAAAUCCGAU